GAGCAGAACUUCUAAAAAGAGGCCCUCAAUCUUGAUGGAGGAACCACGAGAAGUGCACAGCUCCCUGCAGAAACCCCGAAAAGCGACUCCUCAGCCAGGAGAAGACACCUUGAAUGGCCACCUUCCCCCUGGCUGGCAGAGCUACAUGUCUCCCCAGGGUCGCAGGUACUACGUGAACACCAUCACAAAUGAAACGACGUGGGAGCGGCCGAGCAGUGUGCCUGGCACUCCGAAGAGCCCUGUGUCACAGAAGAGUUCUGCAGUGAAUGGCUACUACAUCUCUGGGUCCCCAGUACACCAGCUCGACUCAGGUCAUACCAGCCUCCGAAAAACCAGUGGGGACCCCCAGAGCCCGGGCUCCCCGGCGGCGCCGCGGCGGCAGAGCAAGGAGAGCAGCCUGACGAUCAACUGUGUGACUUUCCCCCACCCUGACGUAAUGCCAGAGCAGCAGUUGCUGAAACCUUCAGAGUGGAGCUACUGUGAUUAUUUCUGGGCAGAUAAGAAGGACUCACAAGGGAAUAAUACAGUGUCGGGAUUUGAAAUUCUUCUUCAAAAGCAACUUAAAGGGAAACAAAUGCAGAAAGAAAUGGCAGAGUUUGUUCGAGAAAGGAUAAAGAUUGAGGAGGAAUAUGCUAAGAACCUGUCCAAACUGUCUCAGAAUUCCUUGGCUGCUCAGGAAGAAGGCACGCUGGGAGAAGCUUGGGCUCAGCUCAAGAAGAGUUUAGCUGAUGAAGCAGAGGUUCAUCUCAAAUUUUCUUCUAAGCUGCAGAGUGAGGUAGAGAAACCCCUGCUGAACUUCAGAGAGAACUUCAAGAAGGACAUGAAGAAGUGUGACCACCACAUCGCGGACCUGCGGAAGCACCUGGCCAGCCGCUACUCGGCCGUGGAAAAGGCCCGGAAAGCCUUGACAGAGAGGCAGAAGGAUCUGGAAAUGAAAACACAGCAGCUAGAGGUGAAACUCAGCAACAAGACAGAAGAGGAAAUCAAGAAGGCCAGACGGAAGUCCACCCAGGCAGGGGAUGACCUGAUGCGCUGCGUGGAUCUUUACAAUCAAGCCCAGUCCAAGUGGUUUGAGGAGAUGGUGACCACCACUCUGGAGCUUGAGAGACUAGAAGUUGAAAGGGUGGAGAUGAUUCGGCAGCAUCUGUGCCAGUACACACAGCUGCGGCACGAGACAGACAUGUUCAACCAAAGUACAGUAGAACUUGUGGAUCAGUUGCUUCGGAAAGUGGAUCCUGCCAAAGACAGGGAACUGUGGGUAAAAGAACACAAAACUGGAGAUAUCCGACCUGUGGACAUGGAAAUAUAGACUGAUCUAUAGUUGGAUGUGAUGAUCCACUGAAUUAAGCAGGCUAAUGUUUGUUUUUAAGGGUCAGAAGAGCAUAGGGAAGAGGUUGUUUCACUACCAGACAGACACCUUGUAAUUUAUGCCUGUAUGGGCUAUCUCUGUUCCAUUUAGUCAUUACAAUGGUCCUCGUUGUGCUAAGCCUUAAGCACCAGACAUUCCAGGGUGAAAAAAACAGAUGUGUGCUUCCCACCAGAGGUUCCCAACUGCACGCAGCUUCCAGGAGAAAUCUGCUUCCUGGCACAGAAAGUGCUCUGUUCUUCAGUGACUUUGUGCUCCACCCCUUGCAUGACUAUCUCCAUAGGGUAUGUUAGAACAGCCACGCAGAGAGCCUCUGGCCAGCAAGGAGAUAACUGAGUAGGAGGCAAGGAAGUCCUGAUCAUGAAUCCCAGGUCUAUCACUGACUGCUCUCACGGCCAUAGGCAAGUCAAUUAACUUUACUGGCUCCCCCAUUUAUAAAAUCUGUGUAUCUUGCAGCAAUGUUGUGUGAAUACAUUGCUUGCAUAUAACACUGCUUUCACCAUGGCAGUGAAGUGAUGGCCCUUCUCCCAAGAUCUAUGGAGAAGAUUCCUGUUCUUCCUGUUUUAUACUCCCUCUCAGGGAUACAUAAACCCAUUUUCAUGAUUUCUGUUGUCAGCCAGUCGAUAAGUUUGAAAGUGUUACCAUCACAAUUUUUUAUCAGGAAAGACUUGGUUGUACUAUACCUACCUCAUUCGCUGUCAGAGUGCCCUCAAUGACAGAAGGAGGUCAUAUUCCAAGGAAUAAAUGAGAUGUUCAAAAUCCUUCCUGCUUAUGCAAGGUGUUUUUCCACAGAAUCUCCUUAAAAACAGUCCUCUAAGAGUUUACUUGGGAUUCAGGUUUAAAUUUCCUUUGUUGGUUUCUUCAGGUGAAUAUCACAGGCUUUAGGUAUUUUUAAUUACCGGGUUUGUCCCGCUGAAUUUUGGCUUUUAUCUUUUUGGAGCCUGAUUUUCAAAGGUGCAUUUUCAAAGGUGCCAUGAAUAUGUGAUGCUAGAUUGCAUUCAGUGUAGGUGUAGGUGCCCAGCACUUCUGUACCAUCAGAGUCUUAACCUGAGUUGUUUAUGUUACCCUUACUGCAAACCACCAAAAAUGCAACGCUGCUUUUAGCAAAUAGUGUUACAUAGUUUGGAGACUGGUUUUGAAAAGGUAUUUAAUUUCUUCUGCUGUUAUUUCUGAUUGAGUAUUCAGUGUUGCUGUUAAUACAUUUUUUCAGCAUUCCAUACAAUGCAAAGAUUCUUCAGAUUCUUGCUUUAGAUCCAGGAGAAAUCUUGAUUCUCACCACUGUGGCCUUUACUCAGUGUUUACUGUGGUCUUAGCUACAAUAUCCCAAACCAAACUAUUUCAUUUGAUCCACAGUUUUGCUCCAUUUUAUCUCAUUGUUACUGUCUUUUUCUGCCCAGCCCCAGAACUGCAUCCUUCUUUUGUUCUACUGCUAUUCCAGGUUUUUGUUCACCAUCCUCCAAAUGCUGUGAUUAGAUCAUUGGGAAUCAAUAUUCCUCUUUACAAAUACAAACUGAGACACAGAAAAGUCUUACCUGAAGCAUGUUUAUGACAUUGCUGAGGUGGUUAUUUUUUUGGUUUAUUAUUUCAAACCAAAUUCUCUUGCAUUUUUCUAUUUCUCCCUUUUUUUUCAACCAUCUCUUUACUAGUGCAGGUUCAUUCCUGUCUUUCAAAUGCCUUCACAACCCACUCCUCUGCUGCUUCAUUGACCUUUAUAAGCCUUUAGCAUCCUUGGCAUGUUGGCAGUUGUAGUGUCAUGACUGCUGCAGGCUCAGGGCACU